UCUGACAUAUCUCUCGAGCUCUGACCUUGAGCGAGACAAUAAAAGGGGAUCAGUCCCUGCUCCUUGGGCCAACCGGUUGAGAGCUUUCAGAGGUGUGUAAGAGCUGGUCCGGGGCCCGGAGUGUUAACCAUGUCCCGCUUUUUGGAAAUGAGGGAGUUCGGAGAAGCAGCCUCGUUUCUUCGCAAAACCAACCUGGAGCAACUGGCAGCACAGGCCCAUGCUUUUGACGGCAAGAAACGAGUCUGGAUCCCAGACGAAAAGGAGGCUUACAUUGACGUGGAGGUCAAAGAAUUAGAUGGGGAAAAAGUCAUUGUGGAAACCAGGGAUGGACAGAUUCUCACAGUGAAAGAGGAUGACCUCCAGCCCAUGAACCCUCCGAAGUUUGAUAUGAUCGAGGACAUGGCGAUGCUGACCCACCUCAACGAGGCCUCUGUCCUCUUCAACCUGAGGAGGAGAUACAGCUUCUGGAUGAUCUACACUUACUCAGGGCUGUUCUGUGUGACUGUGAACCCUUACAAAUGGCUCCCAGUCUAUGCUCCUGAAGUGGUCGCUGCCUAUAAAGGCAAGAGGCGCUCGGACGCUCCCCCUCAUAUUUAUUCCAUAGCUGACAAUGCCUACAAUGACAUGCUUAAAAAUCGUGAAAAUCAGUCCAUGCUUAUCACCGGAGAAUCCGGUGCUGGCAAAACUGUCAACACGAAACGAGUAAUUCAGUAUUUUGCCAUUGUAGCUGCUCUCGGAGAAGCAGGUGGCAAAAAAGGAGGUACCCUAGAGGACCAGAUCAUAGAGGCCAACCCAGCAAUGGAGGCAUUUGGCAAUGCUAAGACCAUAAGGAACGACAACUCGUCCCGCUUUGGCAAGUUCAUAAGAAUCCAUUUUGGACCCACUGGAAAACUGGCAUCUGCUGACAUAGACAUCUAUCUUCUAGAAAAAUCCAGAGUGAUAUUUCAGCAGCCUGGAGAGAGGAGCUACCACAUCUACUACCAAAUCUUAUCUCACAGAAAACCAGAGCUUCAAGACAUGCUGCUGGUGUCGUCCAAUCCCUUUGACUACCACUUCUGCUCUCAGGGUGUGACCACAGUGGAUAAUAUGGACGAUGGUGAAGAAUUACUUGCCACAGAUCAUGCCAUGGACACUCUUGGCUUCACUCCUGAGGAGAAAUACGGCUGUUAUAAGAUUGUGGGUGGCAUUAUGCACUUUGGUAACAUGAGGUUCAAAGUGAAGCAGAGAGAGGAACAGGCAGAAGCUGAUGGAACUGAAAGUGCAGAUAAAGCAUCAUAUCUGAUGGGGAUCAACUCUGCUGAGCUUGUUAAAGGGCUGCUUCACCCCAGGGUGAAGGUGGGCAAUGAGUACAUUGUGAAAGGGCAGACUGUGGAGCAGGUGACCUAUUCUGUUGGUGCUCUGGCCAAAGCAACGUACGACCGUAUGUUCAAAUGGAUUGUCGGCAGGAUCAAUAAAACACUCUACACAGCCAUCCCUCGCCAGUUCUUCAUUGGAGUUCUUGAUAUAGCUGGCUUUGAGAUCUUUGAGUUUAACAACUUUGAGCAGAUGUGCAUCAACUUCACCAAUGAAAAACUGCAGCAGUUUUUCAAUCACCACAUGUUCAUCCUGGAGCAGGAGGAAUAUAAGACAGAGGGCAUUGAGUGGACCUUCAUUGACUUUGGUUUAGAUCUCCAGGCCUGCAUUGACCUCAUUGAGAAGCCACUGGGUAUAAUGUCCAUCAUGGAGGAGGAGUGCAUGUUCCCCAAAGCCACAGACAGCAGCUUUAAAGCAAAACUGUACGAUAACCACCUCGGGAAGUCUCCCAAUUUCCAGAAGCCCAAACCUGACAAGAAACGCAAAUAUGAGACCCACUUUGAGCUGGUUCACUAUGCUGGUGUGGUACCAUACAACAUCAGUGGAUGGCUGGAGAAGAACAAAGACCCUCUGAAUGAGAGUGUGGUGGGCAUCUUCCAGAAGUCAUCCAACAAGUUAAUGUCAAGCCUCUUUGAGAACUUUGUCAGCUUAGAUUCAGAGCCUAAACCUGGAGGCAAGGAGAAGAGGAAGAAAGGAGCAUCAUUCCAAACAGUGUCACAGCUACAUAAGGAGAAUCUUAACAAGCUGAUGGCGAACCUGAGGAGCACUCAGCCUCACUUUGUGCGCUGUAUCAUCCCUAAUGAGACCAAGAAUCCAGGUAUGAUGGAGCCGUUCCUCGUCUUGCACCAGCUGCGCUGUAAUGGAGUUCUGGAGGGCAUUCGUAUCUGCAGGAAGGGAUUCCCUAAUCGUAUCCUGUAUGCAGAAUUCAAACAGAGAUACCGUAUCUUGAAUCCUUCAGCUAUUCCAGAGGACACGUACGUGGACAGCAAGAAGGCUGCAGAGAAGUUGUUAGGUUCUCUGGAUAUUGACCAUAAUCAAUACAAAUUUGGCCACACCAAGGUGUUUUUCAAGGCCGGUUUGCUCGGCCAGCUGGAAGACAUGAGGGACGAGCGACUGGCGGAGAUCAUCACUAUGCUGCAGGCCUUCUGCAGGGGCAAACUUAUGAGGAUGGUGCGAAGUAAAAUGAUGGAAGAGAAGGAGGCUAUAAUGGUGAUUCAGUGGAAUAUCCGGUCAUUUUACGCAGUCAAGAACUGGCCAUGGAUGUGUCUGUUCUUCAAGAUCAAGCCUCUCCUGAGGAGUGCAGCCACAGAAAAGGAGCUGGCCACACUCAAGGAGGAAUUUCAGAAGCUUAAGGAGGCACUGGAGAGAUCAGAGGCCAAGCGCAAGGACCUAGAAGAACGUCAAGUUUCCCUGGUCCAGGAGAAAAAUGACCUCUCGCUGCAGCUCCAAGCUGAGCAAGAUAACCUGGCAGAUGCAGAGGACAGAUGUAACCUGCUGAUCAAGGCUAAGAUCCAGAUGGAAGCCAAAGUGAAGGAGCUCAUGGAAAGACUGGAAGAUGAAGAAGAGAUGAGUUCUAGCUUGCUCACCAAAAAACGCAAGCUAGAGGAUGAGUGUGCAGAGCUGAAGAAAGAUCUUGAUGACCUGGAGAUGACCUUGGCCAAGGUGGAGAAAGAGAAACAUGCCACAGAAAAUAAGGUAAAGAACCUGGUAGAGGAGAUGGCAGCUCUGGAUGAGACCAUCCUCAGGCUGACCAAGGAGAAGAAAGCCCUGCAGGAUGCCCACCAGCAAGCACUAGAGGACCUUCAGGCAGAGGAGGAUAAGGUCAACAUGCUGACCAAGAGCAAAAUAAAGCUGGAGCAGCAGGUGGAUGAUCUUGAGGGCACUUUGGAGCAGGAGAAGAAAGUGCGUAUGGACCUGGAAAGAGUCAAGCGUAAGCUGGAAGGAGACUUAAAGCUUUCCAUUGAGUCUGCCAUGGACCUGGAGAAUGACAAACAGCAGUUAGAAGACAGGCUAAAGAAAAAAGACAUGGACAUGAGUCAGGCCAAUGCCAGAAUUGAAGAUGAACAAGCCCUGGUGCUUCAACUGCAGAAGAAAACAAAGGAACUGCAGACUCGUGUUGAGGAGCUGGAGGAAGAGCUGGAAGCAGAGCGGUCGGCUCGAGCAAAGGCAGAGAAGCAACGUUCAGAGGUGACGAAGGAACUUGAGGAGCUGAGCGAGAAGCUGGAGGAGUCUGGGGGAGCCACUGCAGCUCAGAUCGAGCUGAACAAGAAGCGAGAAGCAGACUUUCUGAAGCUGCGGCGAGAUUUGGAGGAAGCCUCCCUACAUCACGAGGCCACAGUAGCUAUGCUGAGGAAGAAGCACGCAGACAGCAUGACCGAACUGGCCGAGCAGUUGGACAACCUGCAGAGGGUCAAACAGAAGCUGGAGAAGGAGAAGGUGGAGGCGAGGAUGGAGGUGGACGAUAUAGCUUCUAAUCUGGAACACCUCUCUAGGGCCAAGGUUACAACAGAGAAGAUGUGUAGGAUGUUUGAGGACCAGUUUAAUGAGUCUAAAGCCAAAGUGGACGAACUUCAAAGGCAACUAAUGGACGUCACCUCGCAAAAAGCCCGUGCCCUAACAGAGAGUGCGGAGAUUAGUCGCAGACUGGAGGAGCGAGAAGUCUUGGUUAUGCAGCUACAGCGCACCAAAACAUCCCUCAUGCAGAACGGGGAGGAUAUGAAGAAGCAACUGGAGGAGGAGAGCAGGGCAAAGAAUGCUUUGGCUCACGCACUGCAGACAUCCAGGCAUGACUGUGACUUGCUAAGGGAGCAGUGUGAAGAGGAGCAGGAAGCCAAAUCUGAGCUGCAGAGGGCACUUUCCAAAGCCAAUGCCGAGAUUGCUCAAUGGAGGACGAAAUAUGAGACUGAUGCCAUUCAGAGGACAGAGGAGCUGGAGGAGGCCAAGAAAAAGCUGGUGACUCGGCUGCAGAGUUCAGAGGAAGUGAUAGAAGCCUCACACGCUAAGUGUGCUUCACUGGAGAAGACCAAGCACCGCCUACAGACUGAGAUUGAGGACUUAAUGAUGGACCUGGAACGCUCCAAUGCUGUUGCUGCUGCGUUAGACAAAAAACAGCGCACUUUUGACAAGGUGUUGUCUGAGUGGAAGCAGAAAUUUGACGAGACACAGAGCGAGCUGGAGAGCUCUCAGAGAGAGUCCCGCAGUCUGAGCACUGAGCUCUUCAAGCUCAAGAACUCCUAUGAGGAGGCACUCGAGCACCUGGAGACUGUUAAUCGGGAAAACAAGAACCUGCAAGAGGAAAUCACUGACCUGACUGAGCAGAUUAGCAAUGGAGGGAAGACCAUCCAUGAGCUGGAGCAGAUGAAAAAAUCCCUGGACCAAGAGAAGAGUAACAUCCAGGCGGCUCUAGAAGAAGCUGAGGGCACUCUGGAACAUGAGGAGAGUAAGACCCUACGCAUACAAAUGGAGCUCGUCCAAGUCAAAACUGAGGUGGACAAAAAGCUAGCAGAGAGGGAUGAAGAGCUUGACAAUCUCAGGCGGAACCAUCAGCGGAUUGUGGAAUCCAUGCAGACCUCUUUGGACGCUGAAGCCAGAGCCAGAAAUGAGGCGAUCAGAGUUAAAAAGAAGAUGGAGGGAGAUCUAAACGAGAUGGAGAUUCAGCUUAGCCAUGCCAACAAACAGGCAGUGGAGUCCCAGAAAAUGGUGCGCCACCUGCAGGUUCAGAUUAAGGACUUGCAGCUGGAACUGGAUGAGUCAGUGCAUCGGUGUGAUGAUCUGAAGGAGCAGGUGGCCGUGACGGACCGCAGAAACUCUCUCCUUGCUGCGGAAGUGCAGGAGCUCCGUACUGUCCUUGAACAAACUGACCGAAUGCGGAAAGUUGCUGAACACGAGCUGAUCGAGGCGACUGAGAGAGUCAACUUGCUGCAUACACAGAACACUGCUGUACUGAAUCAGAAGAAAAAGCUGGAAAGCGAUCUCUCCAUGCUGGCCGGAGAAGUGGAUGAGGCCCUGCAAGAGUGCCGAAACGCUGAGGAGAAAGCCAAGAAAGCCAUUACUGAUGCUGCCAUGAUGGCAGAAGAGCUAAAGAAAGAGCAGGACACCAGCACCCACCUGGAGAGGAUGAAGAACAACAUGGAGCAGACGAUUAAAGACCUCCAGAUGCGUUUGGAUGAGGCGGAGCAGAUUGCUUUGAAGGGAGGCAAGAAACAGAUCCAGAAAUUAGAAACUCGGGUCAGGGAGCUGGAAUCAGAGCUGGACUGUGAGCAGAAGAAGAGCGGGGAGUUCCAGAAAGGAAUACGCAAAUAUGAGAGGAGGAUCAAGGAGCUCACAUAUCAGACAGAAGAGGACAGAAAGAAUCUGCUGAGAAUGCAGGACCUGAUUGAUAAAUUACAGGCUAAAGUCAAGAGCUACAAGAGGCAAGCUGAGGAUGCAGAGGAGCAGGUCAGCACCAACAUGACUCGCUUCAGAAAGAUCCAACACGAGCUGGACGAUGCAGAAGAAAGAGCAGACAUGGCAGAGUCUCAGAUCAACAAACUGCGUGUCCGCACGAGAGAGACAAAUGUCGUCAAGAUCACAGAGUGAAGAAAGAGCAGCACAUUUUGCUGAACUUAAGGAUGUUUGCUGAACUUACAGAAGAGGACUUCACAGAGUGAUGUAGCAUGUGUGAAUAUUGGUUUACACAAUGCAAAGGACAAAGAUACUUAAUAAUAAGCUUACUGCCUGGUGAUCAAUGUAGAGAGAAAUAGAUAAUUUAAUUUAAAGUUUAGACCAGUGGUCUCCAACCCUCCUCCUGGAGGUCUACCUUCAUUCAGGAUUUACCUCCAACACAGAUCAUCCAACUCUUCAAUGACUUCUUCAGUUACUUGGACUUAAAAGGGAGGUGGGCCUCCAGGAGCAGGAAUGAAGACCACUGCUCGAGAGUAGAGAGCAUGCAUACACUAAAAUGAUAGUUAACUGAAAGGACUAGGGACCCUAAGCUUAAGAGUGAUUAUGAAAGUUAAAAAAGGCAAAUAAAACACAGGGCCCUGCUGAUGUCGUACAAUGUGGAACAGCAUCCUUUUAAAUAAAAGAAAAUGGACAUGU